AAGUGGUCGCGCCCCCCGCAUGUUGCGUAACCGCGCGCACGACAUGACACGCAAGUCCAGAGUGGCGUGUGGGGGAGGGGGGCAGUAUUCCUGCGUUCCACUUGCCCCGGGAAGUUGGAAGUCGGCGCUCGAAUGACGUCACAGCCGAGUUGUGCGCGCUCGGAAAUCAAGACUGCUAUAUCCAUCCAUCCGUUUCCUACCGCUUGUCCCUUUUGGGGUCGCGGGGGGUACUGGAGCCUAUCUCAGCUGCAUAUGGGCGGAGGGCCUCGUACACCCUGGACAAGUCACCAUCUGAUUGCAGGGCCAACACAGAUAGACAACAUUCACAUUCACACACUAGGGACCAAUCAACCCAUCCCCAGGCACAUGUCUUUGGAGGUGGGAGGGGCCUAUCCCCAGGUGCAUGUCUUUGGAGGUGGGAAGGGUCUACUGCCAGGUGCAUUGUCUUUGGAAGUGGGAGGGGCCUAUCCCCAGGUGCAUGUCUUUGGAGGUGGGAGGGGCCUAUCGCCAGGUGCAUGUCUUUGGAGGUGGGGGGGGCCUAUCGCCAGGUGCAUGUCUUUGGAGGUGGGAGUGGCCUAUCCCCAGGUGCAUGUCUUUGGAGGUGGGAAGGGUCUACUGCCAGGUGCAUUGUCUUUGGAGGUGGGAGGGGCCUAUCCCCAGGUGCAUGUCUUUGGAGGUGGGAGGGGCCUAUCGCCAGGUGCAUGUCUUUGGAGGUGAGAGGGGCCUAUCGCCAGGUGCAUGUCUUUGGAGGUGGGAGGGGCCUAUCCCCAGGUGCAUGUCUUUGGAGGUGGGAAGGGCCUAUCGCCAGGUGCAUGUCUUUGGAGGUGGGAGGGGCCUAUCCCCAGGUGCAUGUCUUUGGAGGUGGGAGGGGCCUAUCCCCAGAUGCAUGUCUUUGGAGGUGGGAGGGGCCUAUCCCCAGGUGCAUGUCUUUGGAGGUGGGAGAGGCCUUUCCCCAGGUGCAUGUCUUUGGGGGGGAGGGGCCUAUCUCCAGGUGCAUGUCUUUGGAGGUGGGAGGGGCCUAUCGCCAGGUGCAUGUCUUUGGAGGUGGGAGUGGCCUAUCCCCAGGUGCAUGUCUUUGGAGGUGGGAGGGGCCUAUCGGCAGGUGCAUGUCUUUGGAGGUGGGAGGGGCCUAUCCCCAGGCGUGUCUUUGGAGGUGGGAGGGGCCUAUCCCCAGGUGCAUGUCUUUGGAGGUGGGAGGGGUCUACCGCCAGGUGCAUGUCUUUGGAGGUGGGAGGGGCCUAUCCCCAGGUGCAUGUCUUUGGAGGUGGGAGGGGCCUACCCCCAGGUGCAUGUCUUUGGAGGUGGGAGGGGCCUAUCCCCAGGUGCAUGUCUUUGGAGGUGGGAGAGGCCUUUCCCCAGGUGCAUGUCUUUGGGGGGGGAGGGGCCUAUCUCCAGGUGCAUGUCUUUGGAGGUGGGAGGGGCCUAUCGCCAGGUGCAUGUCUUUGGAGUUUGUAGGGGCCUACCCCAAGGUGCAUGUGUUUGGAGGUGGGAAGGGGCCUAUCGCCAGGUGCAUGUCUUUGGAGGUGAGAGGGGCCUUUCCCCAGGUGCAUGUCUUUGGGGGUGGGAGGGGCCUAUCCCCAGGUGCAUCUCUUUGGAGGUGGGAGGGGCCUAUCCCCAGGUGCAUGUCUUUGGAGGUGGGAAGGGGCCUAUCGCCAGGUGCAUGUCUUUGGAGUUUGAAGGGGCCUACCCCAAGGUGCAUGUCUUUGGGGGUGGGAAGGCGCCUAUCGCCAGGUGCAUGUCUUUGGAGGUGGGAGGGGCCUAUCCCCAGGUGCAUGUCUUUGGAAGUGGGAGGGGCCUAUCCCCAGGUGCAUGUCUUUGGAGGUGGGAGGAAGCUGGAGCCCACACAGUCACGGGGAGAACAUGCAGACUCCAAACAGAAAGAUCCGCGCGCAGGAUCGAACCCAGGACUACUCAGGACCUUCGUAUUACCAGCUCAAGGUGGUCAUGGAGCAGGUCCUGAACUUCGCCAUGCGCGAGCUGAAGAAAAUUGUGGAAGCCUCGUUUGAUGACCUCCUGCUGGAAAUCACCAAGAAGGAGCAGGAGCAGCAAACGCUGGAGGACAAGCUGGACCAGAGAGGCGGAGGGACCAGAACCGGAGCACGGCGAGGGUCAGAGAACGACUCCGUGUCACCCAGCGGGUCCGAGGAUGCUCGCGAGGAUCCGCCAGCCGUGACAGCCGACCCCGGCCAUCGUCCAGACAUAUCCGUCUCCCAGGACUGGGUCCCCAUUCUGGACAAAGUCUUUGGACAGAGGUGGUGCAGCGACGACUGGCAGGUCAAAGAGUCUGCUGUAGGGGGAGGGCUCGGCGGGCCAGAUGUGCCACCGCCUCCUGUUACCCUGGAGACGCUGGAGGCUUCUCCGUCGUCUCCGCAUCAGGACCCCCGCUGGACGCCGUUGGAGGACAUGGAUGUGUUGUCCCCUGACGAAGACACUGGGGGGGGGGCCAGACCCUCCUCUGCACCGCCGCUGAGCCCGUCAGGAAGUUCAGGUCGCCGCUCGUCCGCCUCCAUGUUGCAGCGCCUGCUGACGUUACCGUCUCAGCUGCUGGACGACCACCACGACCCGGGUGGCGCUCGCAAGAAGCCAAAGGAGGUCAAGGACGGUCGUGACGACGACGGCGGCAGGACGCCUGGCCACACCUCCUCUUCUCCCCUGACAACUGAGGAGGAAGAGGAUGGGAAAAGGAAGAAGAAGAAACGACGUAAGCUUUGGUCCCAGUGUGACGACUGCGGCCGAAGGUUCAGUCACGUCUCCACGCUGGGCGCUCACGCCGCCAACGCCUCAGUUGGUUGCCCGCCAGCUCAGUGUUCAGGGUGCGGCCUCAGUGGCCAACAUCCUGUCAAAGCCCGAGGAGGCAAGAAGGAUGGAGGAGGCGCUCAAAGAUGAACACACUUAAGUGAUGACCUGGCAGCCUUGCUCCCAGAUGGUUUUCACCACGGACAACAAGAACACAAAGUGGAGCAUGGCUUGGUUCUUGAUGUUCCUACUGUCACAGGCCAAGAUCAGUGAAAAAGAUCACAUGAAACCAGUUCACUGGACUUCCUGCUUGCUCAUUGCAAGAAAAUGUGUAAUCAAGAGCAAUGCCAACGUUAAGAUUGCAAACUUGUUUUGUCCAAACAGGAAAUGGAUCCACACCACUUCCUGCGGGAUUGCUUGGAUAAUUUCCUACUUUGUCACCAGAUGUCAUGUGACCUCAGAGAGAUGAUAAUGACAACGAUAACAUUGUUUUCAUGACAAUGUUUUUAAAAAACUUGUCAAUUUUCCUUUGGCUCUAUCUAUUGGAUGUUGAUAAUGAAGAUUAGGAUGGACCUUCCUAACCCUGGACUUGAUCAAUUGGAGAUUACGAUGGACCUUCCUAAUUCUGGACUUGAUCAAUUGGAGAUUAGGAUGGACCUUCCUAACCCUGAAUUUGGAUCAAUUUGAGAUUAGGAUAGACCUUCCUAACCCUGGACUUGAUCAACUGGAGAUUAGGAUGGACCUUCCUUACCCUGGACUUGAUCAACUGGAGAUUACGAUGGACCUUCCUAAUUCUGGAUUUGAGCAACUGGAGAUUAGGAUGGAUUUUUCCAACCCUGGACUUGGAUCAACUGGAGAUUAGCAUGGACCUUCCUAACUCUGGACUUGGUCAACUGGAGAUUAGGAUGGACCUUCUUAAUUCUCGACUUGAUCAACUGGAGAUUAGAAUUGACCUUCCAAACCCCGGACUUGGAUCAACUAGUAUUGAUCUCUGAACGCUGAGCAAUUUAUUACAGACAUUCUGAGUAUUGGACUCCGCUUUAUUUUCAUUCUUUUGGUUUUGUGGUCCAAUUGUGAUCCUUUCUUGACACCUUGUGUCUCCAGACACCCUUGGUCACCUCCAGACAGGGGGCUGGCUAUCAGACACAGAGGCUGGGUAUCAUGCUUUAUUGGCCCGAUCAAUUUCCAUUCAAAUGGACCCACACUUAAAGACUAAGUAUUCACUGCAGGCCAAAGUGGCCCCAAUCAGACGUUUUCCCAGCUGACUGUUUACGCACCCUCAGUCAGUGGAUUGAAUUUCCUCCGUCGGAUGGCGGGACUUUCCCUUCGAGAUAAGAUGUGGAGUCACAUUGGAAAAGAUCAGAUUCCAAAGGGAUUGAGUUUGAUGCCAAAAAAUGGGAUUUGAAUCACUUUUAGACUGAGGUCUGCUCUGUGUCAUUUGAGAAUUGGUGUGCAGUGUAAACGGGGUCUUUUUUUUGACAAUGUCUCAGUUCUUUUCUUUAGCAUCAAGUGGUUUUAGGUGCAAAUUUGACCUGUUAGAAGUGAAAACAAGGUUGUCUUAAAAGUUAAUUUUGCAUUUGGUUAGCGCAGUCAGACGGGAUGUAACGCACAGGGGUUUUAUUGUGAAGGCCAGAAGUGUGCUUUUGGUUUGACAGUAUUGUGUGCAGGGAGAUGACGACGUAGGGUUGGGUAUCGAGUAUCGAGUACCGAUUGGAACCGGGACUAACUUUCCGAUUCUCCCGGUAUCGUUCAAAAGUUUAAAUUCCGAUUCCUAGUUUCGAUACUCAAUCCGCCGACCGGAAAAAAAAAAAUGUCCGCCGACCUGGAAGAAGAAGCCGUUGAACACCAACGAAGAAGCGCCCACCGCCGGAAGUGUUAGCAUUGCCGAGCCUAUGUAGCCGAGCGAGUCAGUCAAGCAUGGAUAGCGGUUGUCGGCGGUCGAAAGUGUGGCUUUAUUUUAUUCAAAUAAAUGAAAUAUCGACGAAAUGCAACACGUGCGACAGGACUGUUUCGUGCUUAGGAGGGUGCACGUCGAACAUGAAGCACCUCCGACCGAGUUCAUGGAGUACUAAUAAAUGCGUGUCCCGUCUUCGACGCGCUGCCUCUUCCUCCAGCUCCGGCUCCGACGCGCAGCCUGGCACCUCGGUGAUUGCACUGCAGUCCGAAUCCGGUAAGUAAAACAAUAUAUAUGCAAUAAAUAAUGUGUUUUGCGCCAACGUUGAGGCAGCUAACAAAUUAGCCCCCGUAUUUUUUCAUAGACAAUUUACAACCUGCUAGCCAAGCUCCGCCAUGUGCUCAGCGUACUCCGUUCACCGUAGCGGCAAUGGGGAAGAUGUCGGUGCCACAGAAAGGUCACUGCACACAUAAUCAAAAGACUGCAUCCCUUUUCAGAGGUGGAAUCUCCAACAUUUAGGUUGAUUAAGCAAUAACGUCAGAGCUAAGCUAAUUGAUACUGGGCUAAACAGUAACAGCAACAUUACAUGUUUGUUUAUGUUUGCAGGGAUAUGGUGAAAACUCUCAACCCAAAAUGCAUACCACCUUCCAGGGACUACCUGGCAAACACGUUGAACCGGUGGAGAAGUGUAACAUCAUUACAGAGCUCAGUGAAAUCAGCUCUGUGAGGAAUUUAUAGUAAAGUUCAUAAAAAGUUAAUAGAAUUAAAAUUGAUGGAGAGUGUCAGACUAUUUCAUUCAGAAAGACUGUAGGUUAGCUAGCUCAUUUAAAAUAUCCUAAACUUUUUUUUGACCCUGCCUUUUUUUUUUUUAAAGAAAGAAUCGGAAUCGAGAAUCGUUAGGAAUCUGAAUCGAAACAAAGAAUCGGAAUCGUUCGAAUUCAAACGAUACCCAACCCUAUGACGACGUAAACAAAAGUACUCGUUUCCAUAGUGAUAUAACACUACUUGCAAGUAUACUCCAUCAGAAUCAGACUUGUUUGUUGUGGGAUCAUGACGAAGUUAGCAACUACUGUAUCUUCAUGUACUGUGUUUUCAAGGCUUGUGUAAAAUUAGGUAGCAAGUCCCUCACUUGUUGGACGCUAACGUUAGCAUAGCAUGAUCCUGCUGCUGCUUGAUGCACAAGACCAGUAUUGAUAUGAUGUCACGGUAGUGACCCAGCCCUCCGCCACAUACCUCAUUCAUGCCUUUUGUUACCUCAACUUUUACUGGAUGUUUUUUAAAGUGAGGCAGGUUGCCGGUUGAAUUCCCAGGUCCUCUUGGAUGAAGAAACUUGCGAGGCCGAGUCAUCCGUAUGCCCACUUGGCAUUUCUCCUGACUCACAUUUGACCUGCUUUAGCAGUCGCCAUGAAAGACACUUUCAGUAAUUAACGUCUGUGGUGUCAGGGCAGUUUGGUCACGUGUUCUCUUCCCGACGUCUAAUAGUGUCAUGUGACGUGCUCGCCAUCAUGGACUCUUGAAAGGUUCCUGUCGCUGCUUGGAACACUGUUUGUUUGUAUUGUAAACGAUUCCUAAUGUACCACUUGAAAGGAGGCGCAUGGGGAAAGUGUCCAUUUGUUGGCCACACGCGGAGGCUGGACAAGGGAAGCUUCCAGAAGGAAGCACAAGUGUUUUUCAUGCAAUACUUUUCAUACGUAACAUUGUUUUCUAUCUCCACACAUCACGUGGAAAUGUGUGCGUGAAUUGUAAAAAGAUCAAUAAAUGUUAUACAUGCU